AUGCAUCUCUCCAACUCUAUGCUCUUGAUGACGGCGCUGACCGCUGGGUCGGCUGUCGCUCGUCUUCACGGUCACGACCGCCGUCAUGCCCACCCUAAAGAUGUCACCGUCGCCCAGCCCGUUGUAACUGCUCCCGCCCAGCUUGCCGAUGUGGAGAAGCGUGGUGAGGAGGUUUUCGCUACGAUCGAUGGCAAGCUCGUCUCCUGGAUUAACAACUGGUUCGGCGAUGAGACCUCUGAUGUUGCCACCAAGGUCAAUCAGGCCGAGUUCGCUGUUGCUCCCACUUCUGUUGCUACAUCCACCACCGCGACUGUCACCUGGGCUGAGGCCAUCUCGACCGCCAGCGCCGCUCAAUCUGCCUCCAGCUUCUCCAGCUCCAGCUCCUCCGAAUCCAGCUCCAGUUCUUCUGAAUCCAGCUCCAGCUCUUCUGAAUCUAUCUCUGGCUCUUCUGGAUCCAGCUCCAGCUCUUCUGAAUCUAUCUCUGGCUCUUCUGGAUCCAGCUCCAGCUCUUCUGAAUCUAGCUCCAGCUCCAGCUCCUCCGAAUCCAGCUCCAGCUCCAGCUCCAGCUCCAGCUCCUCCGACUCUGACCAUGACUCCAGCUUCAGCAUCUCCACCUCCAGCUUCAGCUCCUCCAGCUCCAGCCACUGGGCCAGUGUUUCCAUCGACGGCACUUUUUCCAUCGCUGGAUUCGGUUCCUCCACUUCUAGCAAGCGCGUCGGCUCCCUCGACUGGGACUAUAUCGGCAACGUUGGCAGCCCCUGGGGUAGCAAUAUCAUUCGUAUCGAAGAGGGAACCGCCAGCCAGUACAAACACGUUAUCCGCUUCGAGAACGACAACUCCAAGGCCUGGACCGUCGUCAUGUGGAACUCGUACGGCCCCAGCGGUGGUCUGAACGGUUUCUGGAGCCCCAACCAGGCUCUCAAAUUCACCGUGGAGCCCGGCAACAGCAUCUUCGUCGCCAUUGAUGAUGACUCCCAAGGUGGUUGGGGUGCCGCCGAGGGCGAAAAUCUCCCUACCAACUAUGUCGGCCAGUACGCCUCCACCUGGGGUGAGUUCGAUAUGAGCAACUCCCAGAAUAACGGCUUCUCUGGCUGGGACGUUUCCUGCAUCAUCGCUCAGCUCGCUGACAUGCACAUCGCUGGUAUGCGGAUUUGCAACCACGAGGGUGAGAAAUGCUCCUCCAUCUCCCAGGGUGCCUCCAGCGUUGUCAACGGCUACACCUCCGCCGACCAGGGCAAGCCCGACAAGGCUGUCACCCAGUCCGCUGGCCCCGUCCGUCUCGUUGUCGACCUCGGCUGGUCUUCUUAA